CGCGCGUGCCGCUCGCAGGGAGCCAGCCUGGGCGUCCGGAGCCGCGACCGCAGCCGGAGCUGGCAGGGGGCUCCCGCCUGGGCACGCAGUCGCUUCCCGCGGACCUCUGGGGCCUCUCCAGCGCCCGCCUCGCCCGCCCGGCCCCAGCAGCGCCGCAGCCGUGGCCUGGGCUUGAGCGGUCGCUACUAGCUGCUCCCUGCCCAGGACGGACGCCGGACCGCCCGGUCACGUGCGCCCAAGUCCUCGGCCGGCCGGGGCAGCGCCGUUCCCAUGGUUCAAGGCUGUUGAUGGAGAAGGGGGCGGAUGACAGCCGGGACGGUGGUCAUCACCGGGGGCAUCUUGGCGACUGUGAUUCUACUGUGCAUCAUCGCUGUCCUGUGCUACUGCCGGCUCCAGUACUACUGCUGCAGGAAGGAGGAGUCUGAGGAGGACGAGGAGGAGCCUGACUUCGCCGUGCACUCACACCUGCCCCCGCUGCACUCCAACCGCAACCUCGUGCUCACCAACGGGCCCGGGCUGGCGCUCUACCCUGCCGCCUCCACCUCCUUCAGCCAGAAGUCCCCGCAGGCCCGUGCCCUCUGCCGCAGCUGCUCCCACUACGAGCCGCCCACCUUCUUCCUGCAGGAGCCGGAGGACGAGGGCGUGCGCAACGGCGGGGAGCGCGUGGCCUACGAAAGCAUCAACCAGGAGGACAUAGAGCUGCCGCCCGGGAGCUUCGGGGGCCUGCAGGCGCUCAACCCCAACCGCCUCUCUGCCAUGCGGGAGGCCUUCUCGCGGAGCCGCAGCAUCAGCACCGACGUCUGAGCCGUGCCCCGCACCCGCCCUGCAGGUCCUGAGACCAUGGUGGGGUCCCCAUGGUGCGCCUGCCCAGCUCCGGGCCUGAACUGGGGCUUGGCCCGGCCUUCCUUGCAUCCCUGUCUUCAGAGGGCCCCGUCGGGGAGAUCCGGGGCUCCCUGCAAGGAUAAGGCCCAGUGAGCACAAGCGUGGCUGCUGGGGGUAGGGGUC